GAUGAUUCAGGAGAAUAUCUCGUGUAUCCGCCAUCCUUCUGGCUCUUUGCAGAAGGGCACAGAGAGGCCGAAACAAGGGUGCCCGGUGUAGCAAAAACUCGGCACUACAUCCUUCAAACAUGCUGUCCAGACUCGUCAUUGUCUCAGCCAACACCUUGAAAGGCAGCAGCCCCCUUGGUGCUGGUCUGGUUCAGGCGUCCCGCUCCCUGCACACAUCGUCCCAGAGCCUGGCCCCAGUCCCCCCACUGCCAGAGAAGGGAGGCAAAGUCCGCCAUGGCAUCUUCCCAGAGGAAAUUUUCCAGCUUCUGUACCCUAAAACUGGAGUCACAGGACCCUACAUGCUGGGCACUGGACUCCUCGUCUACCUGCUUUCAAAGGAAAUCUACGUCAUCAACCACGAGACCCUUGCUGCCCUCUCCAUAGGCUCUGUUUUUGUCUAUGGGGUUAAGAAGUUUGGUCCAAGUGUUGCAGCCUUUGCUGACAAACUGAACGAGGAAAAAGUGGCCAAGGCUCAGGAGGUGAAAGACUUGGCCAUGUCCAGCUUGGCUCAAGCUAUCGAGGAUGAGAAGAAGGAACAGUGGAGAGCAGAGGGAAGAUCAAUGCUCUUUGAUGCUAAAAGGAACAAUGUGGCCAUGCUUUUGGAGACAAACUACAGAGAGAGGCUACACAUGGUGACCAAUGAGGUGAAGAGGCGUUUGGACUAUCAGAUUGCCUUGCAGGACCUCCACCGCCGGAUGGAGCAGGAGCACAUGGUCAACUGGGUGGAGAAGAGCGUCGUCAGCAGCAUCACCCCCCAGCAGGAGAAGGAGAGUAUUGCCAAGUGCAUCUCAGACCUGAAGGCUCUUGCUAAGACCACUCAGGCCAGGGCCACAGCCUAAAACCAUCAAGUCUUCAGAGAAGGCCGUUCUUUCCUAUUAGUCUUUGCCCCGAGACGAGACGUUCACUUUUCUUUACAAAUAAACUAUUUCCUCCUUUAAAGAUGGUCUCUGUCAAUUUGAUGGGUGUGUACAGUAUUUACACGUCAGCUGAGUGUAAAAUAAAUGGUUCUUUAAUUCAAAUAUAA